AUGCAACUGGUUACCAGGCUCUUCCUCUAUUUUUCAGGACUUGCGAUACAGCGCUACUGGUCAGUAAUUUCAGUCGAACAAGAGACUAAGACUAUUGAGCUGAAAGGUGACAUAAUACUUGGAGGACUUUUCCCAAUUCAUCGUAGAAGUAAACAAACGGAAAAUGCGUGUGGUGACAUCGACCCUCAACCAGGAUUUCAAUACUUAACUGCCAUGCUGUUUGCCAUUGAGGAAAUCAAUAACGAUCCAAACCUUCUCCCGAACAUUAGCCUUGGGGCGAAGAUCUACGACACUUGCCGAAGUCAGACGAUUGGUGCCGAUCGCGCUAAAGACAUCAUAAAAUAUACCCUCGUUGACCAUGGUCCACCCUUGGCAGGUGUCAUCGGUCCUUUUGUCAGUGAUGUUUCCAUUGCAGUGGCAAAUUUACUGCGUGUCUUUAACAUCCCCCAGGUCAGUUAUGGAUCAACCAGCGCGGAUUUAAGCAACAAAGAGAUUUACAGUUACUUUUUUCGCACCGUACCGCCUGACUCCUUUCAAGCUUACGCCUUGGUGGAUGUUCUAAAGAGACAAAACUGGGAUUACAUAUUCACCGUCAACUCUUAUGGAAAUUACGGGCAGAAAGGGAUGGCUGAAUUAGAAAAAGCUGCCGAAGCAGCAGGGAUUUGUGUUGCGCAUUCCACGCAACUCCCAAUUCUACCCGACCAUGAUGCCUUUAAAAAGGUGAUAAACAACUUCCUCAGGAAAAGGAAGGAAAACUCCAAUACAGUCAAUAGUGUUGUGUUAUUUACCACUCAGGCCGACUCGGCUGACUUGCUUCGCGCUGCUAAAGAGGCUGGGGCGAAACAGUUUACCUGGGUAGGGAGCAAUGGUUGGAGCAAUCGUGUUGACGUAACAGAAGGAAGAGAAGAGGAGGCUGAUGGCUCUUUAACUGUCAAUCACCUCGAGGGAAAAGUCCAUCGAUUCGACAGACACUUCAAGAAUUUAGCACCGGGUGACAACAAGUUUAAUCCCUGGUUUGAAGAGUUUUGGGAAGCAGUUAUGAAGUGCAACAUUCCAGGUAAGAGAGAAAACAAUCCACAGAUGUCUAGAAGUUGUGGAAACGUAGAAAGGCUUCCUGCUGACAUGGAAAUGGCGCCCGUUCGAGUGGUUAUCAAUGCGGUUUACGCCAUGGCGCAUGCUUUGCAUAAUCUGCAACAGGUCUACUGUCCAGGGGUGGUAGGGCUGUGUCAAAACAUGACCAGAAACUUUCGAAGGGAGAAAUUUCUUGAUUUCUUAAGAAAUGUGAGUUUCUCAGACUCGGCAUUAAACUUUACCGUUCGUUUCAAUCAGAAUCAAGAAAUAGACGGAGUUUAUGACAUUAAAAACUUUCAUAGAGGGACUGAUGGUAAGUGGAAGUACUCUAAUGUUGGUAAUUGGCAAGGAAGGCUUAUAGCGAGGAAACAAGUCCAAGGAAUACUGAAAUUAAACGAAUCGCUUAUAGACUGGGGAAGAGACAAAUCUCAUCCUCCGAGUUCCUUUUGUAGCAAGCCUUGCAAUGAUUCCCAAAUUCGCAAACCGAGAAGUCGAGCUCCCAAGUGCUGCUGGGACUGUAUUGAUUGUAAACCCAAUGAAAUUAUCAAAAAUGAAACCUGUAAAUCAUGCCCACUUGGCUACUCAUCCAUCAACAGCUUGUCCGUUUGCACAAAAAUACCUGUUUUGUACCCAGAGUGGUCAAGUGCGCCCGCGAUAUCCGUUGUCAUCUUCGUUGUCAUAGGAGUGCUUUGUGAAAUUGGGACAGCGGUUCAGUACAUCAAACACAGAAGUCACCCUUAUAUCAAAGCUGCUGGGAGGGAAUUAAGUGCCAUCGUGUUCAUGGGAAUCAUACUCUGUUACAUAACACCACUCACUUUCCUGGGCAAACCGACAGACACGAUAUGCAGCGCGCGACGUUUUCUGGGAAGUAUAUGUUUCACAACGUGCUAUGCUCCCGUGCUUAUGAAAACAAUUCGUAUUUACCGCAUCUUCAAAAGCGCCAAAAGCUCAGUAACCCGGCCUUCACUCACCCGCCCAGGUUCCCAGGUCCUCAUCUCCAUGGGGCUGAUAGCAGUACAGCUGUUGCUAACCACUCUGUGGCACUUCUCAGAAGUCCCCGAGGCCGAAGAGGUGUAUCCCUCUGAGGGGACCGUCAUCUUGCAUUGUGCACUGAACGAAUAUACCUUGGUAGUCAAUAUUUGCUACAACUCUCUUCUCAUGUUCCUCUGCACUAUAUUUGCGUUUAAAACGAGAAAUUUCCCCAGAAAUUUCAACGAAGCCAAGUACAUUGGCAUCAGCAUGUAUUUAACGUGUUCUGUGUGGAUAGUCUUCUUUCCAAGUUACCUUAAUACGUCCAGUCCUUACGUAAGAGUUUAUUUAACAUCUGGUACCCUCAUUGCGAUCGGAUCCAUAACACUGUGUGGACUUUUGGUUCCCAAAGUUGUUAUACUCUUCUUUACAAAUGGGAAAAACCCUAGUGUUGCUGAAUAUAGCACCACACUUACAACGAAUAACACAACCAAUCGCAAGCUAAGCAGUAACCCGUGUGCAGGCGCUCAGUUGCCAAGGAGUAUUUCUUUUGAGAUGGGUACAGCAGUAAACAAAGACGUUUCAUCUCGGUUCCUCACAGUUAAAUAAACUGCAACAAGCACAUCCAAUUUACCUAAAAUGGCCAUGUCGGCAAUUUUGUAACGUGUUUGUUCAUUGUCUGACCAAUAAAAUGUCGUUGCAAGAGGCCUCUUAGUUAAUCUCGCAUGUCGAAAUGAGGUUGGAACUUUGGCUUCAUCGAGAAGAGUCAGGUGCCAGUCGAUUUUUCAGUGUCGCAUGGCCUGCAGUUACCACCAUCGUAUUCCCGUAAAAACCUGACAGACGCCGCCUGCAGUUGCUGAACUAUA